UCUCUACCGGUGCACCCCGCCAAAUGGAAGAGGAGCAACGGCGAGCUCUAGUGGCUGCAGCCGUCGGAGCGAAAGAGAGAGCGUAUUCCAAGUACAGCAAUUUCCCCGUAGGCGCCGCUCUCCUCUGUCGGGACGGUACCGUUGUCACAGGCUGCAGCGUUGAUAACGCAGUGCACAACUUGGGUCUGUGUGCAGAGAGAACGGCCGUCGUCAAGGCCGUGAGCGAAGGUCGCACAGAGUUCGCUGCAGUCGCCGUAGUAUCGAACUCUCCGUCAUGUGUAUCUCCGUGUGGAGCCUGUCGCCAGGUGUUGAGUGAGUUCAGCAGUGACGGUUCUCUGGAGGUGGUGAUGGCUCGCUCUGAUGGCCAGCACUACAAGGUGAUGACUGUUUCAGAACUGCUACCCUGUGCCUUCAGCAUUAAAAAUUUGGAAGAGACAAAGCAUUAACUGCUACAAUAUUUCAUUGCUUUUGUUGGUUUGUCUUUUCUACUCACGCACUUUCAAAAAAGAAACGCAA